AAUCGAGAGAUCGAGAUUCGAGUCAGUGAGUUGCGAGUCGCUUCGAGUUCGAGUUCGAGCCUGGCCUGUUCGAACUUCAGCUGAUGGUCCGUCUGCGUUGGAUAAACCUGGCUCGAUAACUCUCCAAAGAAGGCUGAUCGAAUCGGGAAGAGUUCUGCACAGGAUUCGCCCACGGACAACGAUGAACUUCAACGUCGACCUGAAGAAAAUGGUCCGGGACGCCGGGAACGUCAUGAACAGGAUGGUUCAGUUGACGGGCGAGAAGUUGGGCACCUCGGAGAAAACGGAGCUGGACGCCCACUUCGAAAACUUGGCCGAGAGGUCCGACACGACCAAGACGUGGACAGAAAAAAUCCUCAAAGACACGGAAUCCGUCUUGACGCCAAAUCCAGGAUAUAGAGUAGAAGAUUUUCUGUUCGACAAAAUUGAUAAGAAGAGAAACAAUAGGCUUAGCAAUCUUGAGUACCUUGGGCUAGAUAUGGUCGAAGCCGGGAAUGAAUUCGGCCCAGGAACGCCUUAUGGUGGGGCGCUUCUAAAAGUCGGCCAAUGUGAACAGAAACUCGGCAGGAUAGAGCGCGAAUUCAUCUCGAACACAAACACUUGCUUCCUCACCCCAUUGAGAAAGUACCUCGAAGGCGAAAUGAAGACGAUUGUGACCGAAAGGGGUGUUUUGGAGAGCAGGCGAUUGGAUUUGGACGCCUGUAAGAACAGAGUGCGGAAAGCGAGGAGCAUGAUCGGCCAGCCGACAGCGGCACAGGAAGGCCUAAGCCCUGAAUUACUUCUACAGCAGGCUGAGAGGGACUUGAGAGUGGCCCAGUCAGAGUUCGACCGACAGGUCGAAAUAACAAAACUAUUACUCGAGAGUGUUAGCAGUUCUCAUUCCUCACACCUGAGGUGCCUUAACGAUUUUGUCGACGCGCAGUUGCUCUACUUCCAGCAGUGUGCCUCUGCUGUACAAGACCUCAAAAAUGAAAUGUCCAACGACAGAAGAAGUCCCGUAGUGAGGUUAAACAGCGAGGAUAUCAACUUGUCUGGCCCGGCUUCAUUACAAGUCACUUCUGAAUCUAUGUCAUUUAUGUAGCUCCCUACAUCCCGAUUUAGUCUCACUAAACAUUUUAUUUUGAUCUAACCCAAUAUACACUGCACUUAGUAGACAUAUUAGAUUUUUUUUAAACCAGAAGAAAGGGAAGUAAAAAAGCAUAUCAGACAAUUUGAAAUGGUCGAUUUUUUAAAUUUUAUUUUAUAAAUACAUUUUGUCUUUUUUUUUUAAGUGGUGACAAUAUUUUUAAAUUUGACGGAUGUUCUAUAGUCAUUUUAGGGCGAAGGUGUUUUUGUAGCGCGUCGUAGAUUUGAUGUCAUAUGGAAGGGUAGUUUUUAUCGGGCUUCCACAAUCCAAAGUAUUUGCCACUACGGUAGAAUCUUGCUAAUCCGGCUUAUCGGGGCUUCGAUGUGGCUAUUAUUGUGGAUUAUUGAGUAUGCAUGAAUUUUCAACAAAAUUAAAGGAAAACAAAUAUUAAAGAUCUGGUUGAAAAGUGUAAAUUAUAAAAUGCUAUAAUUUUUUGCUGUUUUUGAUUUAAAUGUCUCUUUAGAAAUCAUGUUAACACCAACAAAAAACAUAUCUUUCCCCAUUAUUAGCUCUAAAAUAGAAACCGGUAGACUUUUUCUCACAAUUACCAAUGGAAAGAAUUUUCACUUGUCUUUAAAAUCUGCUCUAAGCAUUUUCCAAAUAUUCUGAAAAUAUAUUAAAAAAAAAAAACAUGAUUUAUUCAAAGAACCAAGCAAAAGUUCCAUUAUGGUACUGCUUUUCUACUUGAAAAAAAAAAUCUUUAGUUGUAUCUUUUUUACUUUUAUUAUUAGAACUUGCACCACCGUCUGCAAUAAAUUAACAUGGAUAGCUGUGGCGAAUCUUUUUAGACCCAAUAUUUUUUUUUAACUUA